AUGCUCAGCUUGCUUUCUGUCAGGUCCACCAAAGCCUUUUCAGAUUUGGCUUUGUCCUCUCUCUUCUUUACCCUCUACAUCCCCUUCACCUUUAGGAAACUAGCAGGAUGCACCCUUUUCAUCACGGGGGCAAGCCGAGGCAUUGGCAAAGCCAUUGCUUUGAAGGCUGCCAGGGAUGGUGCAAACAUCGUGAUAGCUGCCAAGACAGCUGAGCCUCACCCUACCCUGCCAGGGACUAUCUACACUGCGGCCGCAGAGAUUGAAGCAGCUGGAGGAAAAGCUUUGCCGUGUGUCGUUAAUGUGAGGGAAGAACAACAAAUUAUUAAUGCUGUGGAGAAAGCUGUGAAGACUUUUGGAGGGAUUGAUAUUUUGGUGAACAAUGCAAGCGCCAUCUCUUUGACUGGCACUUUGGAAACAGAAAUGAAGAAGGUCAAUCUUAUGAUGGAUGUCAAUGUACGAGGAACCUACCUCACGUCUAAAACAUGCCUUCCCCACUUGAGGAAGAGUAGGAACCCCCAUAUCCUGAACCUCAGCCCACCUAUGAACUUGAAUCCUAUGUGGUUCAAAAAUCAUUGUGCCUAUACCAUUUCUAAGUAUGGGAUGUCCAUGUGUGUCUUGGGAAUGGCAGAAGAAUUUAAAGGAGAAGUUGCUGUCAAUGCGCUCUGGCCUAAAACAGCCAUACAUACAGCUGCUAUGGAUAUGCUGGGAGGAGCUGGGAUAGAAAAACAAUGCAGGAAAACAGACAUCAUCGCAGAUGCUGCAUAUUGCAUUUUGACAAAACCAAAAAGUUUCACUGGAAACUUCAUUAUUGAUGAAGAACUGCUGAGAGAAGAAGGAGUAAAGGAUUUUGAUGUCUAUGCAAUUGUACCAGGUCACCCUCUGAUGCCUGACUUCUUCUUGGUUUCUGAAACUGGCAAGACAGCCACAAGUCAAGGAAGACAUGGUGCUUCCCAAGCAUCUGAAGAGAAGUUAAUGCAUGAAGGAGCAGCCUCAGCCAAGCCACUGAGUCCUGUUGCAGAAACAUUCAGAGUUAUUCAGGGGGCACUGAGUGAGGAGUAUGUGAGAACUACUCAGGGAGUCUUCCAGUUUGACUUAUCUGGUGAUGAUGGAGGCACUUGGUACAUUGACCUGAAAACCAAGGGUGGGAGUGCUGGUUCUGGAAAGCCUCCAGUGACGGCGGAUGUAGUUAUGAGCAUGUCAAGUGCGGACUUUGUGAAAAUGUUCACAGGUAAACUAAAGCCAACCCUGGCCUUCAUGUCAGGAAAAUUAAGGAUCAAAGGUAACAUGGCGCUAGCAAUAAAGCUUGAGAAGAUGCUGACACAGCUUAACUCUAAGCUGUGA